GCAGCCAGCGAUGGCAGCAAGCCAGGAAGCGUCAUCGGCUCCCGGCAUCGAUGCGAGGAAGUUUUACAGGCGCUCAUGCGCGCCCGAAGUUUCGGAGCCGGUCACGGGCGUGCUACGAGGAGAGCUGCCCGAUUGGCUACAAGGUCGGCUUUUACGGAACGGUCCAGGCCUGUCUUCGAUUGGCCCCGAUCACUACAACCACGCAUUCGACGGCCCCGCUCUGUUGAGGCAGUUCACAAUCGAGAAUGGCCGAGUGCUUUACCAGAACCGCUUCCUGCGAAGCGAAGCAUACGUACGCAACCGGAGGGCCAACAGAAUCGUUGUCUCCGAGUUUGGAACCGUGGCGCAUCCUGACCCUUGUGCCACCGUAUUCGAGCUGUUGGCGUCGUACUUCUCCGUGAACUUGACGGACAACGCUUUGGUGAACGUGAUGCCCGUGGGAGACGAGGUGUACGCCAUUACGGAGACACCUCAUAUGACUCGUGUGGACCCUGCGUCGUUGGAGACUCUGGAGAAGAAAACCUUGAGAGAUUUGGUGGCCGUGCACAUGGCCACCGCCCACCCACAUUUGGACCCUGAUGACGGUGCUACGUACAAUAUCGGUACGCACGUUGGUGCGCGUAAUUCCUUCGUGCUUGUGCACUUUCCUCCCGGUGGAUCCGAAAACUCGGUGGACCGUGUCAGAGCCGUAGGCACGAUACCGUUGCAAUCUCGGAUAUCUGUGCCGUACAUCCACAGCUUCGGAAUGACCGAAAAGUGGGUGGUAGUGCUGGAGCAGUCUCUUUCCAUGCACCUGCCUUCCAUGUUCGCGUCGAGGUACCUGGGCUACACGGCCUACAUGAACGCCCUGAAGUUUGAUGCCAAGAAGAACGUCCGCUUUCACGUAAUCAACAAGAAGACGGGAGAGCUUCACCCCGCCGUGUUUGAGUCUGCCGCAUUUUUCACUUUCCACCACAUCAACGCCUUCGAACAGGAUGACGAACUCGUGGUCGACUUAAUAAGUUUCGACGACGACAGCAUCAUCCGGAGCCUCGACUACACGGUGGAGAAGCCCAUCGUGUUCAAGAUGGGACACAUGCACCGUUUUUCGCUGCCUCUGAAUCGAGGCCCGGGCGAGCGUGCGAUCAUCGAGUCUCGGGAACUAGCCAAGGGCAAGCUGCGCGGGGAACUUCCUAGAAUCAACCACGGUCGUAACGGGAAACUAUACAAGUAUAGUUACAGCCUCAGCAACGUCGAUGACGAAGAACACAGGGCGUUCGUCUCCAAACUUGAUGUCACAACGGGCGAUUGGAUGCGCUGGGAAAGAGAAGGAUGGUUCCCCUCAGAACCUGUCUUCGUAGCGCGUCCAGGCGCUGUUGAGGAAGACGAUGGUGUCAUCCUAAGCUCCCUUCUGCACGAGGAGGACGAGAAGAAGCUCGCUCUGGUUGUAUUGGACGCGAAAACAUUCAAAGAACUGGCCCUUGCAGAGUUUGACUGCCCGUCCUCAAUUCCGGCUGAUUUUCACGGAUGGUUUCUUGAGCAGGAGGUGUAAGAAGCAUUUGAAACUGCAAUAUGUGAUUUCAUCAUAGUUUAGCCUUAUUUUAGGGUUAUAUAAGACACCUCGAUUCAUUCUGCGACGUGUUUACGAACAGCAACUUUGCGAAUACGCUGCUCAGUAGUCCAACAGGCUUAUGAGAAAGGCUGAGUAAAGGAUAUUGAAUACCAUCCGAACAACCAUUUUUAACUCACAUGUCGGAAAAGUGCACAAGGUAUAUGCUGUGUCUAUUUUAGUAACUCUGGGGCACUCUGCACCGCGGUUGACGCACAAAACAGUUUUGAAAAUUUUCUAUUUAGGAGCGUUGUACAUUUUAUUUUUCAUUAUUUUCAGAUCAAUAAAUUUCACUGCAAUAUAAUCAGCUGCAAAUUUGCGGACAUCGCAUUUUCUCUUCAAUUUUAGUCAUAUCGGCUAUCCCCGUUUGUUUUCUGAUCCACACAGCUCUGUUCCUGUCUCUUAACGUUAGGCCUAACAUUUUUCGUUCCAUCGCUCCUUGUGCGGUCCUUAACUUGUUCUCGAGCUUCUUUGUUAACCUCCAAGUUCCUCCCCACAAGUUAGCACCAACAGAAUUGAAUGAUUGAACAUUUUUUUUUUCAACAACAGUGGUAAGCUCCCAGUCAGGAUUUGGUAAUGCCUGCC